GCUUCGAACUAGAAAGAACAUAUAUAAACCCGGAUUUGAGAACGCGAUAACCAUCGAUCUUUCUCCCCCCUCCCUCCCAUCAUGUCCUCAGAAUACAUCAAGUCUGUACAAGGGAGGCUUUUCAGAGGCGGCGAGAGCGGUGGCAACGUUCAACAAACUGAUUCGAAGGCCUCUGACCCUGGUCUGACCAUACACAUCCCAAAACCUCCUGCUUCUCCAGUUCCUCCGCCAAAAAUUGCAAAGUCGCUAUCAUAUCGCCAGAAACUCGCAGAGAGACUAGGAGCCGACUAUCAAGGGACCGAGAGAUAUCGUCUCUUACAAGACGAAAAGAGAGAACGACACUGGAAAAAGUGGGGACCAUAUCUCAGUGACAGACAAUGGGCGACGGUCCGUGAAGAUUACUCUGCAAACGGCGACGCGUGGAGUCACUUCCCUCACGAACACGCUCGAUCUCGCGCAUAUAGGUGGGGUGAGGACGGUAUUGCUGGAAUAUCAGAUAAUCACCAACGCCUAUGUCUAUCACUCUCACUUUGGAAUGAACAAGAUCCCAUUCUUAAGGAACGAUUGUUCGGCGUCACGGGCCACCAAGGAAAUCAUGGGGAAGAUGUCAAAGAGCUCUACUAUUACCUCGACUCUACUCCCACACACUCUUAUAUGAAGUUCUUGUACAAAUAUCCUCAACGCAGAUAUCCAUAUGAAGAGCUCGUGAAUGAAAACAUCCACAGGGACCGUGAUGUCGCGGAGUAUGAGAUACUGGAUACAGAUGCAUUUGAUGGUGAUCGUUACUGGGAUGUAUUUGUAGAGUACGCGAAAGGCGAAGACGAUCCGGAAAACGUCUACGUACGGAUCACAAGCUAUAAUCGUGGCCCAGAGCCAGCGACUCUGCACAUUAUUCCUCAGCUAUGGUUUAAAAAUACCUGGUCUUGGCCUUCAGAAAAGCCGACUAUGCCGUCACUUACAGCCGCGGUGACUAGCAGCGAAGUCAACUAUAUAGUAGCGAGGCACCCUUCCAUGAGGAAAGCUUACCUAUACUGUCUUCCCUCACCUCCACCAGUUCGCGGUGACGGAAAACCUAUUGAAGACAUAGAAUGCGAAGAGGCGACGAUACAGCCAGACCUUAUCUUCACAGAAAAUGACACCAAUUUCCGCAGGCUAUAUGACGGUAAAAAUGUCAAACCAUAUGUUAAAGAUGGUUUCCAUGAUCAUAUAAUAAUGACCCAUCGACCCAAAGUGGAUGGCGGGUCCCCCAACGGAAGCGGAGAAGAUGUCAAUACAACGCCUCGCCCGAACGAAAAACGCGAACGGCGCGUAAGCCUAUGUGCUCCUUCUCCACCUCCGCCAUCGUUUGUCAACCCAGAGAAAACCGGUACAAAAUCAGCUGCCCACUACGUAUUUCGUGAUGUGCCUGGCCAUGGAGGAUGUGCAGUCGUGCGCAUGAAGCUAACGCCUCUAUCACCCUCAAAAAAUCCUGAUGUGGAGGACGACGGUCUGUUUGACGACACUGUAGAGCAGCGCCGCGAGGAGGCAGACGAGUUCUAUAAUUCACUGGUCUUUGGCCCUAUCAGCGAUGAUUUAAAACAAAUCAUGAGGCAGGCUCUUGGAGGUAUGUUAUGGACCAAGCAGUAUUAUCAGUUCAUACAGAAAGAGUGGAUCGAGGGUGAUCCGGCUCAGCCCCCACCACCACCCGAACGCAAGCAUAUUAGAAACAAGGAUUGGCGCCAUAUGCAUAUAUCGGAUAUUUUGUCCAUGCCUGACAAAUGGGAAUACCCUUUCUUUGCUGCAUGGGAUACUGCAUUUCACUGCAUCCCGCUAGCAGUGGUUGAUCCCGCAUUUGCAAAGAAGCAACUGGAUUUGCUCACCAGAGAAUGGUAUAUGAAGCCCGACGGUCAAAUUCCGGCCUAUGAGUGGAAUUUUAGUGACGUUAACCCUCCUGUCCAUGCCUGGGCAACAUUCAGAGUAUUUAAGAUCGAGCGGAAGCUCACUGGUAAAGAAGAUUUCGACUUCCUAGAGCGGGUCUUCCAAAAACUCUUACUUAACUUCACAUGGUGGGUUAACCGGAAAGAUCAAGGCGGAAAUAAUGUAUUUGAAGGAGGUUUCCUAGGUCUGGACAAUAUCGGCGUUUUCAAUCGCUCAGAACCGCUGCCUACAGGCGGCACACUGCGUCAAGCGGACGGAACAGCUUGGAUGGCAUUCUAUUGCCUCAAUAUGUUGAACAUUGCCUUGGAACUGGCCAAAAAUAAUCCAGUCUAUGAAGAUAUUGCAUCCAAAUUCUUCGAGCAUUUCAUUUUCAUUGCAGAUGCCAUGACAUAUCGGGAAGGAGAGAACGAACUCAGUCUCUGGAGCGAAGAGGACGGAAUGUACUAUGACGUUAUUCAAUUUGGCCCAGGACAGUCGAAGCAACUCCUGUUCGCAGCUUGUCGUCUGAUACCACUUUAUGCAACUCUUGUUCUUGAACCGGCGACAAUCAAUCGCUUUCCCGGUUUCAAAAAGCGCAUGGAGUGGUUCAUAGAUAAUCGACCCGAGGUAUCAAAGAGAAACAUGGCUAAUAUGAAAGCUGGAGGUAAGGGUGAACGGCGUCUUUUGGCCUUGGCGAGUAAGGAGCGUCUCAUCCGGAUAUUAGAAAAGAUGCUGGAUGAGGAUGAGUUCUUCAGUGAACAUGGCAUCCGCUCAUUAUCAAAAAAGCAUAAGGAUGAACCCUGGGGAAUGAAUGCAAAUGGCCAAUGGUAUGAAGUUGGUUAUUGGCCUGGAGAUUCGCGCUCUGGCAUGUUUGGUGGAAAUUCUAAUUGGAGGGGUCCAAUCUGGCUUGCCGUGAAUUUCCUAUUGAUAGAGAGUCUCCAAAGAUUCCAUCAGUAUUACGGAGAUGAUCUACAGGUCGAAUGCCCAACGGGCAGUGGUGAAUAUAUGAAUCUCGUUGAAGUUGCAGAGGAGAUCCAACACCGGAUAAUACACAUCUUUGGGCGCGACAUGGGGGGAAAAAGAGCUACUAACGGCGGAAAUCCAAAGUUGGACCACGAUCCUAAUUUCCGUGAUUAUGUGUGGUUUUAUGAGUUCUUCCAUGCCGACAAUGGCCGCGGUUUAGGUGCUUCGCAUCAGACGGGAUGGUCCGGGCUGGUCGCCUAUCAUAUCUUGCAAAGCGGAGUCAGUUGUCGACUGCCAAAAACUCCACGCACCCCUCGUGGUAUCGCUCAUCAUUAUUUCGAUGAAACCAUCGACUCUCAAUCCGAGUAUGGCGACGACACACGCUCGUUGUACAGUGCCUACAGUACUAUGAGUGCAGCAGAUAUAAACACGCUGGGUGACAUCUCGCCUGAUGCGUUGUGAACUAGAAGCUUUAUCUCCUAUCCGGUAUCGUUAAUAUAAAUGUAGCAUUAGAUAUGCACAAAACACAUUGAAUGUUGCCUUUGAAAAUGCAUAGUAUUCAUAGAUUCGAACAGAACGGUAUGCAAUAACACAUAAUGUAUUCAGGUAGACCUAUAGCAGCGAUUGCAGUAUUCUAGUAAAAAUUACACAUGACCAAUGCUCCGAAUAUUAGAUAAAACGCCGACGCAAAGGGCCAAGGAAUCCGAGUAGACACGAAGGGGGCAGAACGAGUAUGAUGUAGAUGAUAAAGAGAUGUAUCCGGCAUGUGUGAUUGAUCCAGAUCUGAAAGGGUUGCCCGAGGGAAAUGUCAGAACGCGGAUGAGAAAAUGGAACAAGUGUAAUGAGCGUGGGUGUGAACAUGCCAGUAGUACACAAAAUGUGAAAGGAAUGUGCAGUUUAAUAUGAUAGUCCCCAAAGAAAAAAGCAAAGAAUUUAACGAGCGAAGAUCGAAGUAGGUUAUUGGAUGAUGGAUGCGAUGCUAGAGGGGAUAUGGGGAAUAACGAAAUAAAGAAAAAUGAUGCAGUGGAAGUUUAGGUCACGUAUAAAGUGACCUGUCCUCCUGGUCGGUAUGCCUCAAACGCCAUUUGGACAUCUUCUGUCGACCCCAAAGAGACCAUGUCACCAUCCUCGUCCUUGUACUUUACUCGCAAUGGGCUAUCGUCACGGCGUGGUCCACACAGCCGGAUCUUCUUGCCAACUUUAUCGACGAGAUCGUUGUACUCCGUGGACUUGGGAACCUGGAUGACGAAUAUAUCCUCGUUGAAGUGAACUUUCACCUUUACUGGAGGUGAGAAAGCGAAAUGAGCACCGGUCGCAGCCAAAGUCUCAAAAUUUUGAGACCGUGAGGGGUGGAGGGCUGACCCCCCGAGAGAGGACUCACUCGAACCAAAAGGUGUAAUAGGAGACGAGCUGUUUGGAGAAUCUUCCGAGCUGUCACCCGUAGAUUGACUUGAACCGCUCCCCCGUUUGCUCUCGGCCAUGGAGCUUUUUGAUCUGUGCGUCCACUGCGUCGUGGAGGGUACAGGCGGAGGAACACCCUUUGGAAAAUAUACAUUUGGCUGACUGGCGCUACGCGAACGAUUGGGAGGUGGUAUGACAUGCCCAUUUGUAGACGGCGCUGGGGUAAUGCUCCGCGGCGACUCGCCACUAUCAUACUGCGACCUCAGUUUGGAAGAACUGAACUUGCUGUUCAAAGGAGCACGAGGUGGCCUGACGCCAGAACCAAAGCUGGUAUCAGAAGCAUAGCUCGAUCCACUUACAGCACUCGCAGUAGAAUUCAGACGUGAUGCAGAAGGGCGGUGCAUCUGCUGCUGUAAACUGACAAUCGGCGGAAGAGGCAUCACGCCGUUGUGGGAUCUCCAUUGAGCCAUGACUUGACCAUUCAUGUCUUCCGUGCGUGCCCGAGGUCGGUCGUAGCCUGGUAUGGUAUCACGUUCAGGAGGCAUGCUUUGCGCAUUGCUCCUGCGGGAUCCCAUCGGCGUUCCCCUUCCAGAAGAGGGCAUGCUGUUUGCGGGAGGAUAAUCCUCGAAUUCAUCGUCCAGAUCAAACUCAAAGCCUUCAGCUGAUGAAUAUGGCCCGCCAGUAGAGUACGAUCCAGAGGACGACGUCGUCGACGCUUGUUCUUCCGAGCCAUAUGGGCCAACACGCUGAGUGCGACUACUGGCGGGAUGAGGUGGAAGGCUGUUCAGAUACUGCGAUUGAGAAAUAGAUGACGACGCCCUAUCGUGAUUGUUAGACAACUGGGAUUGUCGCAACUGAUGGGCUGGAACAGAUAUAUGACUAGCGUGCGAGACAAACUGUGAUAAGCCACGCUCCGAAGCUCGACGGCUAGCAACUUCCUUGAUCAAUCGGUUGAUCUGGGUCUCCCAUUGUCGCAAUUGCUCUUCAGAGCGACAGCGCAAAGUGAAGUAUUCCAGAUCAUCAUCACCUCUCCACCAGACUGCCAGAGAGUAAGGCGUUA